CGUCGUCCACAUAUACAUAUAGUUCUCUACGCUCUUCAGUCCGCAUUGCAAAGCAAACGAGAUUUGCACCCGUUUAUUUACUUAGACGCAUUCUGGUGGAUUUGGAGUGUAAACACGGAGUUGCAGCAUGCAGAAGGUUUUGAUGCUCUGUUCCUUCGUGGCUUUAGUUUAUGGCCAAGAGGAAGAUAUUGGUAAAGCGAUAAACAAUGUGUUCACGAAAUCCCCACGCAAUGUAUGGCAAUUCUUGAGCUCAGAGCAACCUGACAGAAAUAUCGAGUCUUUGGGUGCUUUUGAUAGAUGCGGUGAAGGAAAAGAUAAAGGAGUGCACGCUUGCGUUCCAUACUACAACUGCGACGCAAGAACAUAUACCAUUAUAGAAACAAGAACAGCAGGCACUAGAAUCUCGAUCAAUAUAAGGUUUGGUACAACUGAUUGCGCUCAUUACCUAGAAGUGUGCUGCGCCAUCCCGACUACCAAUGAGUCAACUCUAUCUUCGGCAGAUCCGAAAGAACCUGUAGUAACCUCGCCGAUUCCUCCAGUCACCCCAGGAGGAGGCAAGUCUUGCGGCAUCAGAAACUCUGCUGGUAUUGAUUUCAAGCUCAUGGAAAAGCGGAAUGACGAAGCCGAGUUUGGAGAAUUCCCCUGGAUGGUUGCUAUUUUGAGAACCAAUAUAGUUAAAAACGAGUCGCUCGAUGUUUGCGGAGGUUCAUUGAUCACUCCAAACGUGAUCCUGACAGGAGCCCACUGCGUUCAAAAAUUCAAGACUGGAGAUAUCAAGGUGAGGGCGGGCGAGUGGGAUACUCAAACCACAAUGGAAAGAAUCUCGUACCAAGAGCGCGCCGUCGCCGAGAUCAUCAUCCACGAGCAGUUCCAUCCGCAAACUCUGUACAACGAUGUCGCUCUUCUGAUUUUAGAGAAGAAGUUCAUCGACGCGGAUAAUGUGAGAACGAUCUGCAUGCCAGCUCAGAACUUGAAGUUCGAGUCGAGGAACUGCUUCGCCAUGGGUUGGGGCGAAGGCGUGUCGGGGAAAGGACAACACGGCAUCUUGAAGAAAAUCGAAAUGCCCAUCGUUGAGCGCGAUAAGUGUCAGGAGGCUUUGAGAACGACGAGGUUGGGUCAAGUCUUCGACUUGCACAGCUCUUUCAUUUGCGCUGGAGGCGAGGGCAAGAAAGACACCUGCAAGGGAGAUGGAGGUAGUCCCUUAGUAUGUCCAGAUCCGCAGAAUCCUGGACGCUAUCUUCAAGCAGGAAUCGUUGCUUGGGGAAUCAAUUGCGGCAUACCUAAUGUUCCCGGCGUCUACGCUGAUGUCGCACAAUACAGAGACUGGAUAGACGCUGCAAUGAAACAACAAAAUUUAGAUAUUAAACCAUAUAUCGAAUAAUUACAAACUCACAGAAACAAUUUAAAUAAUAUGCUUUCCUUUUAAUCCAAAAUUUCAACUUAGUUCGA